CUCUUAGCUUUAUCUUUGUACUCCCACAAAUAUUUUAGACAACCUUAUUAAGCUUAACCCUUAACUUCUCCCUUGUUAUUUUUUCUUUUCUUCUCAUUUAUGAAAUAAAAUGUAUAUUACAUUAAGACGAGGUAGAAGUAGUUGUAAAAAGGAAUUAGGGGACACAAUCAAAAUAAAAAAUCCUUAAAUUUCCAAUAGAUAUUAGUCAUGUAUAUUAAAAACGUGGGCGAGUAUAAAGGGUGGAGUUAGUUUGUGUGAGAAAAAGGAAAAAGGGAUGAAUUUAGCGUGGCGUUGGUCAAAAGGCAUGAAGAAACAGUAAUGGUGUGCGUGAAGGUGCAAGUGGAACGCGGGAAAGGAAUCAAUCAAUUCUUUCCAUUUUGACCCAACACCAUCAUCAUAUUAUUAUUCCUUUAUUUUCUAUUCAUCAUCAUCAUCAAACGCUUCUAUUUGUUGUUCUUAUUCUUCUCACAACAACGUUCACCACCGAUCACCGUUUACUUUCUGCAAAUCAUCAAUGUAUCCAAAGGUGAAAUUAAGACAGAAAGAUGAAUUUGACGGUGGUGAUGAACGAGACCUUGUUGGUUUGAAGGCUUUCCUCUCUCUAUCCUUCCACUCACCUACUUCUCCAGUAAAGGAGCAUAAAGUCGUCUCUGCGCCAUCUAUUGUCAAAGUUCCAAACUGUAACGUACCACAAGUAUCGAUUCCAAUAGUAUCUGUAACCGAAGAUUUUGGGGACUGCAGUUUGACAUCCGAUUCCUCCGGUUCUCCAGAACCAGAGAAGGAGGGAGAUAGUGAUGAGAGUAAAGUAUAUAUUAGAGCCAAUUUGAUUCCACGAGUAUCUGUUACUGAAGAUUUUGAGGAUGGCGGUUUGACAACCGAUUUGUCAGGACCAGGGGGACUAGAGAAGGAUGGUGGACCUGAAAAGGAUGGUAAUACUGAUGAUGAGAAUAAAGUAAACAUUAGAGCCAGUUCAAUUCCUCGUCCUCGUGCUGUCAUUUCAAGUCCUGAGAAUGACCUAUUGAUUGGGAACAGAAACAAGAUUGGAAAUGGAAGACCAUCUACUCCGAAGAAUAGUAAUGUUUCACCAAAUAGACAUUCUCUUGCUCAAUGUAAAGUGAAAUCACAUGACAAUAAUGAUAUUGCUUCAGACACAAGAAAAAGCGUGGAGCCUAAGUCUAAAGAUAAAACUGAACCUGUAGGAAAGAAAAAGGUCCAUAAAGGCAUCACAAAAUCUGAAAAUUUACACAGGCCCUGGAAGUUUUAGUUCCAGUAUAUUAUGAUCUUAAUGUAGGACUAGGUUCCAUCCCAAGGAAAAAGAAAAGAAUAAUAUAGUGCAUGUUUUGAUGGAAAUAUGAUGACAUGCUUAAUACUUCAGCAUUGAUUUUCAAUGUUUACUUGUGUGUGCUGUGUGGAUGUAAGCUUAUUAAGCAAUAAGUCAAUGCCUGAGGUAUUAUAUUCUUC